UUGAUUUGAAUAGCGUAUGCUGUCGUGAACCUUUAACGUAAUUGUCGUGAGGUGACAUAUGUCGCUUGCCGCUUGUCUGUGAUAAAAAAUAAUCGUCAAAAAUUAAAAGGAAAAACAAGGUUUUGACGUUUAGGUAUUCUGUACUGGAGUAUGAUAAUUUCGAGUGAAAAUUAGUUAUUGAACGAAUAAAAUGAGUAAAGAUGUCGAAACUAGUCCUUAUAAUAAGGAUGACGACAUUUUGUAUUGGAAGAAUCUAGCAUUAGACUAUCAACAUCAGGCUGAAAUUAUAAAGAAAGAUUUUGAUGAGUUUAUGUCAGAAUCUCGACAAUUAGAGAGUGAAUAUGAAGCUACUAUAGAACAAAAUGAGAAAAAAGUUAAGGACUUGUCACUGACAAAUAAUAGGAUACAAAUUGAAGUUGAAUCAUUAAGGAACAAAUUAGAACAAUGUAAUAAAGAAAAUAUUAGCUUACAAAGUGAAGUGCAGAAUUUCAAGAAAGAAAAAUUACAACUAUCACAAUACAUCAGAGAUUUGGAACAGAAAAAUGAUGAUUUGGAAAGGUCUAGGAGAAUUGUGGAAGAAAGUAUAUCUGGAUUACAGGCAGCUUUUAACUCCGCAUUGGAAAGAAAUGCUAUACUGGAAUCAGAAGUUGACGAAAAAGAAAAUCUCAAAGAAAAGCUACAGAGGGUAGUAGACGAAACUAGAGAUUUGAAACAAGAACUUCUAGUCAAAGAAAAAGAAAAAAUACCAGAUAAUGAACGAAUUUUAAAUGGUUUCCAAAAAACCAUAAUUGAUUCUAAUCGUCUUAAAGAAAAUGAAACACAGACUACACCGGCUAAACAUGAUUACCAAGCCCCUAUUUCACCGGCAUCGAGGGUGAUGGCAUUGAAUAUUGUUAGCGAUCUUAUUAGGAAAAUUGGAGGUUUAGAACGUAGAUUAGAAAAAUCGAAGUACGACUAUAGAGACAUGUCCACGGAUAUUCGGUCACAAUAACUAAUUUCAAACGCAACGCAACACAAAACAAUUGCACUAAUCGCGGGCGGCGUAUGGUUCAGAGAUAACACCGCGGACCCCCAUACGUAUACUCGCGGACGCCCAGGGGUCCGCAGACCAAGGUUGGGAAUCACUGAUCCAAACAUAAAAAAGAAAUCUACUUAUUGAGCAUAAUGUAACGUAAGAACUUGAGGGUUAGAACUUUUGCUACUGGUUUAGGGACGUUCACAUUCCUGUUCAUAAAUAUAAAUAAUAACCUAUUUUAUGAGCGCAUUAGAUUCACUAGAUAGUGCUACUCAUUUAAAACGUCUAUAUAUAUAUAGAUAUAACUACGAUUUAAUAAUAAUUUUUUAUUAUUUUACAUAUGUAAAUUGUUACUACGACAUAAUCACAAUAAAAAAUUAUGUAUAGUUAGUAAAAACAAUUCCUUUGAUCUAAUAAUAUUGACAUUUUU